GUCUCCCUAGUCAGCCUCAUAGCUAAUGCCCUGGGAUAUUCCGAACUAGGUGCCAUUAAAUCCCUUAGGACAUUAAGAGCGUUGAGACCUCUCAGAGCCCUAUCACGAUUUGAAGGGAUGAGGGUUGUUGUCAACGCAUUGGUUGGUGCUAUCCCUUCCAUUAUGAAUGUGCUACUGGUCUGUCUCAUAUUCUGGCUAAUUUUCAGUAUAAUGGGAGUCAACCUAUUUGCUGGGAAGUAUUAUUUCUGUUUUAACGAAACGUCAGAGUACAGAUUUCUCCCCCCAGAGGUCAACAACUUCUCGGAGUGCGACAGUCUGAUCAAACAGAAUUUCACUGAUAUUCGGUGGAAAAACGUCAAGAUCAACUUUGACAAUGUCGGUGCUGGAUAUUUAGCUCUACUUCAAGUGGCUACUUUCAAAGGUUGGAUGGAUAUCAUGUAUGCGGCUGUUGACUCGCGAGAGGUUGGAGAACAACCGGUGUAUGAGAUCAGCAUCUAUUACUAUAUUUAUUUUGUCAUCUUCAUUAUCUUCGGAUCAUUCUUCACACUGAACCUCUUCAUUGGUGUCAUCAUUGACAACUUCAAUCAGCAAAAGAAAAAGUUUGGAGGUCAGGAUAUCUUCAUGACUGAAGAGCAGAAGAAAUAUUACAACGCCAUGAAAAAGCUAGGAUCCAAAAAGCCUCAGAAACCCAUUCCCAGGCCUCUGAACCCAAUCCAAGGCGGAGUCUUUGACUUUGUGACCCAGCAAGCCUUUGACAUCGUCAUCAUGAUCCUGAUCUGCCUGAACAUGGUAACCAUGAUGGUGGAGACGGACGACCAGAGCGAGGAGACCGACAACAUCCUGUACUGGAUCAACUUCAUCUUCAUCGUCUCCUUCACCAGCGAGUGCGUGCUCAAGGUCUUCGCUCUGAGGCACUAUUACUUCACCAUCGGUUGGAACAUCUUUGACUUUGUUGUGGUUAUCCUUUCCAUCGUGGGAAUGUUUCUGGCGGAGCUGAUCGAGAAAUACUUUGUGUCGCCAACCCUCUUCCGAGUCAUCCGACUGGCCCGGAUUGGCCGGAUUUUGCGUCUGAUCAAAUCGGCCAAAGGGAUCCGAACACUCUUGUUUGCGCUGAUGAUGUCCUUGCCCGCCUUGUUCAACAUCGGGCUGCUGUUGUUCCUGGUCAUGUUCAUCUUCUCCAUCUUCGGGAUGUCCAACUUCGCCUACGUGAAGAAAGAGGCGGGCAUCGACGACAUGUUCAACUUUGAGACCUUCGGAAACAGCAUGAUCUGCCUGUUCCAGGUCACCACCUCCGCCGGCUGGGACGGUUUGCUCCUCCCGAUCCUCAACCGACCCCCGGAUUGCGACAAAGACAAGGACAAUCCUGGCUCGGCGGUCAAGGGCAACUGCGGAAACCCUUCGGUGGGCAUCUUCUUCUUUGUCAGCUACAUCAUCAUCUCCUUUCUGAUCGUGGUGAACAUGUACAUCGCCAUCAUCCUGGAGAACUUCAGCGUGGCCACAGAGGAGAGCGCCGAGCCCUUGAGCGAGGACGACUUCGAGACCUUCUACGAGAUCUGGGAGAAGUUCGACCCGGACGCCACCCAGUUCAUCGACUACAGCAAGCUGUCCGACUUUGCCGACACUUUGGAGGCCCCCCUGCGGGUGCCCAAACCCAACCACAUUGAACUGAUCGCCAUGGACUUGCCCAUGGUGAGCGGCGACCGGAUUCACUGCCUGGACAUCUUGUUCGCCUUCACCAAGAGGGUUCUGGGCGAGAGCGGGGAGAUGGACGUGUUGAGGCAACAGAUGGAAGAGCGUUUUGUGGCUUCCAACCCCUCCAAGAUCUCGUACGAGCCCAUCACCACCACGCUGCGUCGCAAGCAUGAAGACGUGUGCGCGGUGAUCAUCCAGAGGGCUUACCGGGCACACUUGGCCAGGCAAGCCAUCCUGAACAGGGGCCGCCUCCCCCUGGCCAAGGCCGGAGGGCGCCACGCCAACGAAAACGGCAACACCAACCAGGAGAGGAAGGAGGGCACGCCUUCGACCGCGUCUCUGCCCUCGUACGACAGCGUGACCAAGCCGGACAAGGAGAAGCAAGGCAAGGAGCCCAAGGGCAACGACAGAGACAAAAGCAACCAAAAAGACAUCAGGGAAUCGAAAUUAUGAAAACGUUUCCAUUUCGCGAGCAAAAUGUUGUUUACAGACUUGAAAUAUAUAUAUAUAUAAAGAUAUAUAUCAAUUGAGACACAAAAAAACAAAACAAAACAAAAAAAAACACAAGAGAUUUUCCCCAAAAUUUCUAGAGCAAGGAGAAACUCUUCUUAUAGAGAUCUUAUACAAACCAUAACCUGCUUUACAAAUAUCCAAUUGACGCCCCGUUGGCCGUGACUUACCCUUUACAGCAGGAGACUGGGGACCCUGUGCAGAAAAACAAUGGGAAUUCAGAAACACUUGAACACAGAUUGAUACUGCAUAUAUAUAUAUUGACUACCAGAGGAUAAAUGAUACAUUGCUUUGAAUCAGUGCAUUACUAAAGGGGGGUCAGACAGACACUUUUAUUUUUCUCAUUUUUCUUUCUUUCUUUCUUCCUUUCUCUCUCUCU